AUGACCUCAUGGUGUUCCACCAGACAGCAUGGCCAGGUGGGAGCACUGUCAUCAUAAAGGUCACUUGGCUGGGUUACUGCCCUGUCUCUUGAGCUGCUUCCAGUAAAUGCUACACCUUUUCACCGUGGUUUGUCUGGCAUCCUUAGCCUGUAUCCAUAUUGCUAUGUCACGAGCUACACAUUCCCAUGAGAACUUUGGGUCUGUAACCAGCUUGAUAAAAACGUCAUUCGAUCUGCUAGGAAGCAAAUGAGACUUCUCUUCUCACCAAGAUGAAUGACACACAAGAUGUUCAGGAAGCUUCGGAGACCCUGCGGAGUGACACCCACAAGCAGGAAACGGAGAAACCAGCGACGAACCCGGAGCUUCCAUUGGUACACAGAGGAGAUGACAAACUGAGAGCUCCGCCAACAAAACAGCAUUCUUCGGUACAUUUUUUCCCAAAGGCGACGUAUUCAAAUGCCACAGCCCUGCCACUCUCAGUAUCCUUCUCACGUGAGAUAACCCUCAGUCACUAUCUGUCCAGUACUGACAUCAGUGAAAUAACCGUCUCGACAAUAGGACCGCUGACUUCCAAAUCCACCGUGAGCUGUCUCCCGGAAGACAGAUACUUUGAUGAAUCCAAAGAAAUCAGCUGCUUCUUAGGUCCAAAGAAACAGACCCCGAGCCUGGAUCAUACAACUUCUGUGAUUGGAGAAGGAGAGGAUUAUUUCCUUUCUUUGUUUAAUAAACCAAAGAAAUUUAUUUCACAAUCAGGCCAUGUCCAGAAAAUUUACAAACACUUCUCCACGAUUCUUGAAGAAGUUGGCCAAGCUACAUCCAGUUCUCUUGGUGAUGUUAAAAUAGCCGAAGUGAAUGUCAAAGGUUUAUUUGUAAGGCUCGUGAAUGCUUCCCUUGACAAAGAACUGGAAAUUGGAAAUCAUAUUCUCCAACAAAAUGUGAAUGGACAAGCACUCUCCCUGUACCGAUUCGUUCCAAACGUCGUAAUGCAGGCCGGUUCCACAGUCACUGUAUGGGCAGCAGCAUCAGAAGCAAAACACCAGCCGCCAUCCAAUUUUCUCUGGAAAGAACAGAACAGAUUCAGAACAAGUCCAGACUGUACAACCAUCCUGUGCAAACCUAACGGUGAGGCUGUUGCCUGGUACACUCCUAUCCACUGGAAGCAAGCAUGGGAAAAAUUAGAGACUGACAUUGAAUUUGACAGACGUUCAGUAGUAGCUCCAACAUCCCGAAGUCACAUGUUUCGAUGGACAACAUCUGAAACUUCAGUAGCUGAAGAUAAACCUGACCAGCCUACGAAAGAGAUCUCAACAUUAGAGGUAGAACAAGAUCAACCUGUUCUUAAGAGAGAAAAGGAACUCCCGCCAACCCUUUUCCCCAACCGCAGUCCUUGGUGCAACAGUCCUUCGAUCCCUGCACAUCCCUACUGUCCCCUGAUUAACCCACAUGAUGCAUCAACUUCUGGAAGAAGUUUGAGUGGAAUGGGCAAGUCUCGAUCAACCAGGCCCGAUCCAGCCUCGAGAGUACCUCGUGACAGUGAUGACUCCAUGCAGCUUCCGAACUAUUGUUACUACAAGCACAGAGCCAACAGAAGCAGGGAAGCCUGACCACAUGGCCACCAUGAAGACUGUUUCCCUCGGCCUCUACUGCAGCCAGUGGGAUCGUGUGUCAACAUUCUUUACAACAGAAUGCAAACAGAAACCAGGCAUGCAACAUUUGGGUCGUGUCCUUCAAGAACGGUACACCAACCGCCAUCCCUUCCCUAGGCCUUGAUGGCAGAAGCUAUCGCUGCCAUAUUUCAGAUUAAGUCACGUGUGGAGUCCAGAAGAGCCCAACUAGGUGUCCCAUGCUGGCAAAACUCCAAAUUAUUAAGUGAGAUGAAAAUAAUCUCAUUUAAGCCAUUGUUAAAUUGGAUCAUGAUGUUGGAGCCAGAUGGCCCACACAGCAUUGCUGUCAUUUAAGGUUUAGCUUCAUUGAAUAAGAUACAAGAACCAUAACUAGGAUAUUUUCAAGACAGCUAGAUAUAUCUGAAUAUAGAAUGAGUGUAAGACAUUGAGUCGCUCUUAACUGUGUUUUGGUCCUAUUGGUUGUUCCUAGGAGAUUCAUGCUAAAAUGUUUUACCUAUAAGUGAUGCAAAUAUGACAU